AUGGGUCUAACGAUGAAUAUUCAAUUAGUCAAUAAAGGAUAUGGUGUUGGUGAAUUACUUCAAGGAUUUGUUUGUAUCACCACCCCAAAGCGUGUGAUAAUGACGCAUUUACACUUUAAUUUACAAGGCGAGACGGUGAUGUCUACCAAUGCCAACGACAAGAAAUCCCCCAAAACGAAUUAUAACUUCUUCUUAUCUCGAAAUUACCCGCCUCUUGCCGAGCAAUUGUCCCACUCGACUGAACCAUAUUACCAUGAAUUAGUCCCCGGCUCACACUUCUUCCCAUUCUCUAUUACAAUUCCUAUAGUCUCUCAUCCUUCAAUCCAUUUCAUUAAUGGCGUUGGCGUCUAUUAUACCCUCAUCGCUACUUUACAAACACUGAAGACAAAAGACGACGAGAAAAUUAAAGAAGAGUUCCCGACUUAUACCACCGCCGUUGAAGUCCCUAUUUUGUUCUGUAUAGCUGACAUGGUGAACUACCCCGUUAAAGAAAGUUGCUCACGAGACGGCGUAUUAGUCAAAUUACAGAUCGAACAGGGGGUGGUACCAAAUCAAGACGCUACGGUAUUGGUGACAGUAAGUAAUAACACAAGAACACCAUUCCGCCCCCUCAUGAUGUGGUAUAGUGAACAUUUAUAUCGUGAGACGUAUAUCCAAUCCCACGGCGGGAUAUUGGAGUUGGAAGAAGUCCCAAAACUGUUACAAAAGACGUACACCAUCGAUACAUCAAAGUUGUUCCCAACAAUAGAAGAAGACGAUUUUAAUGUAAAGUCAUACGUCGAACUUCGCGUACAAAUUAAGAAGAAGCCCGUUGUGUCAGUUAAAGUACCUUUGCAUGUUGGAUGGUCAAAGAUGAAGGAAGAAGUGAAUCGAAGUCGUUCGGAGUUGGUUGGGAUAGAAUACACGCCGGACAAAGUCGCGUUCUAUGGGAAUCAUAUGCGACCGACACCCGAGUGCGGGGAGGUGAUCGAACGAUUUGAGAACAACGGGAAUGCGUUUUAUGUGAAUCAUUUGUGGAGGAAAUGUUAUGAAGAUGAAAGAUGUACCAAUUUCUUAGAUGUGAGAUAUCCACUGCCAGAAAUCUUCAAUCUGCCGAAAGGAUGGGGAAUGGGAUGCGAUCGAGGAGAACUCUAUUUUAUUAAUUGGAAUAAGAAAUAUACCACGUGGAUCGACCCAAGAACAUUCGAACAAAGAAACGUCAAGGCUCUCACUUUAUUGGUCACCGUGCUAAAAGGGAGAAAUUUCCCGGUUUUUAAAGGAAAAGAGGCCCAAUUUUAUGGGAUGGCAAUCGACAAAAAUAAUACCCCUGUCAAAACGGGAAUCUCAAGUAAAGGGGCGGACCCAAUCUGGACGGAAGAGAACGUUUUGACAAUCCAAAAUGAUGAGGAAAGAGAAAAUAUUGUGAUUUUAUUUUUUGCUAAUAAAAAAUGUGUGGGGGGGAUCGAUCUGCCGACGUGGAGAGUCUCCAAAAAUGGAGUUGAGGAAUGGUACCAACUCAAAAAUUUCUGUGAUUUUGGAAUUCCUCAAACGGGUGAGGUUUUGAUGAGGUUUAUGUGGGAAGGAGACGCCCCAUCAACACAACCGCAACGCAUCCAAAUGAGGUUUGAGCCGUUUUAUUGUAACACCGAAGCAACAAAAGAACAAGAAAAAUAUAUCAAUAAAUUACGGACAAAGAAAGGAGAAAAUACAAUUGAAUUUAAAGUUGGAGGAGAUCUUAUAUCCGGAAAGAAAGGCCUUUACCAGGAAAGUGGAGUUUGUGAGAACAAUCUGGUGAUGGGGAAAGCGAUGAAUUAUGACGUGGAAAGUAUUGGGUCUCAGGUAAUGGAUGAGAGUUUUGUGAUACCGAAAGACGAAGAAGAAAUCAAGAGCGAAAGUAAAGAGAAGAUUGAAAGUGACGAAAAGAAAGAAAAAGUCUCAACCGCAGCUAAAAAAAUGCAAGAAAGAAGAUUGGAACUUGAAAACUCGUUACGAAUCAUUGGAUUGGACAAAGAAAAAGUUGUGAGUGAUGACGAGGAGAUUGAAAAAAUCAUUGCAAAAUCUCCCCGAUUGAUGGAAGCGAACAAAGAAAAUAAGAACAAUCUCGAGAUUGCUGAGAGGAAAAGCGAAACGCCGAAGAAAGAUGAAACAAUUACGAACAAACCAACUGAAAAUGACGAAGAUGAUGAAGUCCAAGAGUUAAUGAAAAUCAUGGAAAAAGCGAAAAAAGAGGAAGAACACCCGAAAGAGAAAACAAAUCUUCCGCCGCCAACAUUUAAAAAAGAAAAAUCAGUUCGAGAUAUUAUAAACUUGGUUAGCAGUAGUACUUUUGACUCAGAUAGUGAUGACGAUAACAUUUAUUUUGAAAAGAAAAUGAAAGAAAGUGAAGAACGUGUCAAAGCGAUGCAAGAAACUCUCAAAAAAGAACAAGAAGAGAAAAAACGGAUUGAAGAGAUGAAACGCAAAGAAAUAGAAGAGCGGAAAAAAGCUGAAGAAGAAGAAAAGAGGCGGAAAGAGGAAGAAGAGAUUGAGAAAGAGAAAGAGAGAGUGAGAUUUAAUGAAGAG